UUUUUUUUUUUUUAUUGUGCGUAUGGCAAAAAAAAGCUAGCGUCAAGCCCAGUGGUUGAGGCGCUCUGCAGGGGGGCGGGAAAAGUUGCCUUUGUUCCCAACAAGUUAUUUUAUCGCUAAGGGCCGGCGGCUGAAGAGAGAACGGGUCGGCGCGCGCGCGCCCCGAGCGCAGCCUUCCACCCUCGCCGCGUCGCCGUGCCGCUCGCACUACGGGAGGCCGGGGCCUCGCCGCCCCGCGGCUCUUCCAGGCGGCGCGGGCUGUGAGCGCGAUACCGCGCCCCUCCGCUCUCCGAGGCGGCAGGGCCCGCCUUCGGUCGGCGCGGCGCUCCGGGCGAGGAGGGGCGGCCCGGAGCUCCUCGAGCCCCGGUCUCCCCCUCGGCCGGAGCCGCGCGGGGACGCCUUCCGCCGGUCCCCUCCGCCGGUUGCCAUGGUGUCGCGGCCCGGCGUGCUGUGGGCGGUGGCCGCGGCGGCGCUGGCUCUGGCGGGCCGGCGGGCGCUGCCGGCGCCGGUGGUCCGCUGCGAGCCCUGCGACUCGCGGGCGCUGCAGCAGUGCAAGCCGCUGCGGCCCGACUGCGCCGAGCGGGUGCGGGAGCCGGGAUGCGGCUGCUGCCUCACCUGCGCCCUGCGCCUGGGGCAGCCCUGCGGUAUCUACACCGAGCGCUGCGGCGCCGGCCUCGACUGCCGGCCGCGGCGAGAGGAGGCGCGGCCGCUGCAGGCUCUGCUGGAGGGCCGCGGUCUCUGCACCAACGGCACGGCGGGCGACGAGCUGCGGGCCUUCCUGCCGCCGGCACCGCACGCUGCAGGAAAUUCUGGUGAUUCAGAAGAAGACAGGAGUACCAGUAGCUUAGAAAAUCAGGCCAUCCCAAACUUGCACAGAGUGCCAGAUUCAAAUUUGCCUCCACAGCACAUCAGAAUAGAUAUCAUCAGGAAAGAACAAGCCAAAAAUACGCAGCGCUAUAAAGUGGAAUAUGAUUCACAGAGUACAGAUACACUGAAUUUCUCUUCGGAAUCCAAGCAAGAAACUGAAUAUGGUCCCUGUCGUAGAGAAAUGGAAGACACUUUAAACCACCUGAAGAUCCUGAAUGUCUUGAGUCCUAGAGGUUUCCAUAUUCCAAAUUGUGACAAGAAGGGAUUCUACAAGAAAAAGCAAUGUCGUCCAUCCAAAGGCCGAAAAAGAGGUUAUUGCUGGUGUGUGGAUAAAUAUGGACAACCGCUUCCUGGAUAUGAUGGCAAGGGAAAAGGAGAUGUCCACUGCUAUAACUUGGAAAGCAAGUGAGGGCUGAAUGCCAAGCUCUUCUGGCAUCUGUGUGUGACAGCUGGACCUAGCAGAGACCUUGGAGGGAAGUACUGCAUUUUGCAAGGCGUUAUGGUCUCUGCUUCCUGUCUGUCUCCUGUGGUGGCUGGGGGGAUCCAGACCUCUGUGGGUUCUGCAGCUGUACCUGGCCACUGAUACGUGUUGAGCUUUCUAUAGAAUGUGUAGGGAGCUCUGAAUUCCUAUGAAAACCUGCACUAUUGACACCAAGAGAGAAAGAAAAACACAAGGCACUUCAGAAUGGAUUCAGGGAAUUUCCACUGACCUUUUAAAAAAUGGCUUGUGGCCAAUUUGAUCCUGAGAGAUUCUGGUUUAAAUUUGAAAGAAUUCGUAGAUUGAAAACUUGUAAAAAUUAAUAAAGCAACUAUGACAAUGGAAAGUAACACCCAAGGAUUUAAAGGGUAGGGAUUUUUUUUUUAUUUUUUUUUUACAGGUCUGACUUAUCUUCACGGGUAAAAUGUUUUAUAAAAAAUGUCAAAGAACUUUUUAAGAGACAUAUUUCUAAAAUAAAGACAUAGCUAUUUUUUUCUGUAAAGUGUAUUAUGAAUAUUCUGUUAGUCUGUAUUUAAUAUAAUUGUUUUAAAAUAAACUUAUUUAAAUAUAACAUAAAUACCAAACUAGACAAUAAUUCUAGUGUAUACUGUAUGCAAAGAGAAGGUAAGAACACGGGAUGAUUAACAAAUGUGUAUAGUUCCAUGUGCAUACACACUGACCUAUUCUAGAUAGUAGAAAUGGACUUGUGGAGUAAAGGAAGUGUUUCCAGAAGGAAUUGUUUCAUUAUCUGAAGUAGGUACAAAUACCAUGAAAAUCUUCUAAAUUUUGUUUAUUAUUUUAUUGGUAUUUCUGAUGUACCCAUCACUGAAUUAUGCCACUGGAAAAAUUAACAGUUGCACUGAAGCUCUCUAUAAAACAUUCAUUUUUCAUCCGUCCUUAGCUUCAGUUUUUGCAACAAGGCUUGUGUUCUGUCUGUUUCCUUCAGGUCUCCUCAUGUUAGUAUAAAAAGUUUAUGGACAAAAAGAUGCCAUUACAGUACCAGCCUUUCUGUUUGCUGACUUACUUUUAAAAACUGUGUCUACUCUGUGUUGUCUUAAUAUACUCUAACAAAGCACACAUUCACCAUAAGGAACUUAUAUUUUAUGUUUAAAACAGUGCAGAUGAGGGGACUAUGUACUUGGCUGUUGAGACCUGUGUGCUCUGUUUGUACUAAACAUAAUAGUUUUUUUCCUUUGACUUUGAUAGAAAUUAUUUGCCUGUAUUUAAGCAUAGAGUGAGAAGCACAGUUUAAAUAUCCAAACCACCUGCCAUGACAUUAUAUGUCCUUUUAAUUGGAAGAUAGGUGUUUUGGUUUUAUUCUAAUAGGUGAUGCUUUUAUGUUUAAAAAAAAGAAAAAGAAAAAAAAAAGUCUUUCGCAGUUUUGCUUUUGUUUUGUUUUGGCCGAUGGUUUAUUGAAAUUUAUGGGGGGGAAAAAACCAAACUGUAUGACAGUGAAACCUGGUAAGGAAAGGUGGCCUGUGAAGUGUACCAGCUCUCUGGAAAGUAAUGCCAUACUUUGUAUAUGUAUUUAUUUAUAUAUUUUAUAUAAAUAUCAUAUAUAUUUAUAUAAAUAUAUAAUAUAUUCUUGUAUGUGUCACUAUAAAUGUUUGAUGUCAACAUAAUUAAAAAAAACAAAAAAAAACCAAUUACAUCAUCAUUGCAAUUUCCUUUUGGGUUGGGAGUUUGGAGAAUGAGAGUAGUACUCUCAUGUGCCUUUCCAACUAUUGCAGCCAGUGGUUUUGCUGAUGGAUGGGAGACUGUGAGGUCAAAGAGCCUGCUCCUCUCCCACCCUGCAAGUUGCAGCAGUCCUUUUUUCAUGCCAGCACUGGCAAAUGUCUUGAAAAUCUGAUGUGGAAAGAUCUGGAUACACAACUUGAAGGGUCAAGAUAGCAAUCACUUCAAACCAAAUGUUUAAAAUUUUACCUGGACAUGUAUUAGCUACCCUGUUUGAAUUCUUUGCAUAUUCCUAAUCUAUAUCUAAUGAAAUGGAUUCUCAUCAUUGUUAAAACUUAAAUUUUAAACUUAACAGUAAGAAUAUAGGGCGUGUGAAGUUAUGCUUAGGCCAGGCUUAUACAGGCUUAUUGGUGGAUGGUUACAUUGAGCUUUGUGAGUUGAAGAUUUAUUGCAAUAGUUUUACUGCUACUGCAAAUAUAAUGCCUGCAAAGAUUUGUUGGCUAAACAAAUGAAUAAAUGAUGAGCUCUUCUCCUUA